AUUGAACAAGCCCUUGGGGGAGUCCCUCCCUUGAAUUUGUGUUAGGUAGAGUAUCUAAAUGCUCGGACAUAAGACCAAGACGAUGGUAGAGGGUUGGUAAAGAUGGCGGCGCUCUCCGUGGAUGGAAGGUAUGGACUGAAUUGUGGCCGACGGAAUACAGACCAAGUCACUGUAUUGCACGUAAAAUUGACAGAGACAGCUUUCAGAGCGAUAGAAAGGUACCAAACCUCUAAGAAUGUAACAUCCUCGCGGCCAACAAUGCAAUUCAAGGGACUCCAAGGGCGUAUUAAGAUCCCAAGGACUGACUCUCAAGAUGGAUCUCAGAACUUUGACUUCUACCUAUCCAAUGUGGGCAAGGACAACCCUCAGGGAAGCUUUGAGUGCAUCCAACAGUAUGUGUCCAGUUCGGGGACCCCCCACCUGGUGUCCCUGGGGGUGGUUCAAGACAAAGUCACGUUGUGUGCCACCAACGACUCCUACCAGGUGACUCGGGAGCGCAUGACGCUGGCUGAGGAGGAUGGGACCAAAGUCCUCAAGCCUGGAGGCCAGUUCAAAGGUAAGAAAUUCCAGAUCCGCAAGCCAGCGCCGUCAGGCUCUGAACCAGUCGCGGAGCGCAAGCGCUCCACCCCUAUCAACCCAGCCAAGACCAUCCGCAAGUGCCUUGCCAACAACCUGGUUUCCCAGCGCCCGUACCGCGACCGCCUCGUCCACCUGCUGGCAUUGCGCUCCUACAAGAAGCUGGAGCUACUGGCCAGGCUGCAGCGGGACGGGGUCAGUCAGAAGGACCGCAGCUCUCUUGGGAGCACCCUGCAACAAGUGGCCAACCUGAACCCCAAAGAUAACUCGUACACUAUGAAGGACUUUGUGUACCGUGAGGUGCAGAGGGACUGGCCAGGCUACUCUGAGGACGACCGCGUUCAGGUUAAUGGAAUUCUGGCCCGGAAACUGGGCCUUCCCACUGAGCCGCCAACCUCCAGCAGUCCUCCUAAAGAUGGCUUCCCGGGCUCCCCACAGAAGUGCCAGCCCGAGUUGCCGAGUCACUUCACUGACCCCUUGAUGCCCAAGAAGCCCCGCAUUUCCCAUGUCACCAGCCAAGGACCACCCACCGCCCCCACCUCGUCCUCUAGAGAGCGCCGCAGCGCCACUAAGGGGGACAACAGCCACCACAGCUCCGCUGCCACCACCAAACGCUCGUCUCUCCCAGCCAGGCCCACCACGGCUGGCCCGCCCCUCAACCACCUCCCCCCUCCCUCCCAGCUGCCCGUUUCUCACCUCCGUCGUCUGUCUCAUCACCCUGGCCUGGACUCCAACUCCAACUCGCCCAGCACGCCUGAGGGCCGUGGCACCCAGGACCUGCCCCUUGACCAGAGCUCAACCUGCCUGGACCACUCCUCCUCACCGAUAGCCAGGCCCCCAGGCAGGACCGCCGACCGCUAUGGCUCCGGCAUGCCGCCCCCGGCCAGCUCCAGCCGCCCAGCCCUCACCAUCUCCUCUUCAUCAUCCUGUUCCUCUACCAUUACCCCCCCUCCCUUGCCCAGCAGUAGCAAGAAGUCAAAUAAGCACAAAGAGAAGGACAGAGAGAAGGAGCGGUGUAGGGAGGGGCGCAGCAUCACAUACGAUGGCGUCAGCCCCCCAGAGGUACAGGUUGAGGACGGCCAAAGGCCCAGGAAGAGACACCGCGCCAAGGGGGAGGAAAGACGAAGGCCAGUCAUCCCCGCCAAAAGCCCAGUCUGCUCAGACGAAGACAAUAAAAAGAGGCCAGUCCACUCCACAGACUUCUCCACCACUGUGAUGCCAGAUUACAUAUGUAAGUACAUGGCAGUGGUGUCCAUGGACCAGAGGCAGAUUUACAAGGACAACUUCAACGCCGAGUAUGAGGAGUACCGCAUCCUGCAUGCCCGUGUGGAGAAGAUGACUCGCCACUUCACCCAGCUAGACGCUCAGUGCCGGAGGCUGCCGCCUGGCACCAGAGAGUACCAGGAGGUACAUGAAGACGUGGUGAAAGAGUACAACAAAAUGAGACUACACAGCCCAAACUACCAGGUGGAGAAGCAGCGCUGCGAGUACCUGCAUAACAAGCUGGCCCACAUCAAGCACCUCAUCGCUGACUUUGACCAGCGCAGUUCCCAAUCCUGGAGCUAGAGCACCAGUUUCAAGACCACACAGUUUUGAGGUGGUUUAAGGGGUGUGCGGAGCAAGGGGGUUUCAACUGGCUUUUAUUUAUUCAGACCCCCCGGUCUCUGCUGCCCCCCCUUCUGGUAAUGGUUUCUCCUGAAGCUCCUCUUCAAUUCUACAACACUGGUCUACGAGGAAGGGAACUACAUGCGUGUGGGGGUAGGGGGGAUACUUAACACUUCUUGCUUAUGAAGGACUUUAUCCAAAAAUGUAACUUAUUUUUGAAAGCAGAGAAAAUAUUAUACUUGUAUUUAAGUUUUUUAAAAAGGGAGAUGUAUUUAUUUUGGACUGUUCAGAUGUGUGUGUGUGGUCCACACAUGAUUUAUUGUUUAAAAAGUUUAUAUUUUCCGAAACCAAUGCAAAAAACAUGGGCCUUAUGUGUUUGACUUUCUGAAGACAUUUUGCACACGAGAGGAGAUCCCGAGUGGCGCAGUGGUCUAAGACACUGCAUCUCAGUGCUAGAGGCAUCACUACAGACACUGGUUCAAAUCUAGGCUGUAUCGCAACUGGCUGUGAUUGAGAGUCCCAUAGGGCGGCGCACAAUUGGUCCAGCGUCGUCCGGGUUUGGCCGGUGUAAGCCGCCAAUGUAAAUAAGAAUUUGUUAACGGACUUGCCUAGUUUAAAAAAAGAAAAUCCAAUGUAUCGUCCCAAUUGUCAGAAGUUGCUUAUCUUCCCUUCACCCUAUUCCUUCAUGGUGAAGUAGAUGAAGAGGAAUCCACUUUAGACCAUUGAGACGCAACACCAAUAUGUGUGUAUGGGUUAUAAGGGCCAUGGGGGGGGGGGGG